AGCGGAUGUAGCAGCAGCAGCAGUCUACAGUACUCUGGCAACCAUGUAGCGCUGAGAGCAAAAACAUCUUCCUCUCCGACCAGCUCAAGUGCCAUGUUCUUAUAUCCGUAUCGUUGUAGAGUAACAGUGCUCGGAAAAUGUGUCUCAGAGAGUAAACGCAAGCUCAGAGAGGAAUUACAGGGCGAGGGAGUCGACAGCGAUACCGAAGCCUGCUAUCCAGGGGCACUACCUCCCCUCGCCUGGAGGUUUGGAAGUGGACAUUUAGCUGCUUUUCUUUUUCAUUAGCCAACCUUGGCGGGUUUUUUUUCUUUUUCUUUUUUUUUUUAGUAGCUCUCAAUGGCUCCAUUUGUUUAACUAAGCGUGCCGUGGACGCGAGAGAAGGGCGUGUAACGCAAAUUGUACCAGGGCAAAGCUCGUUUGCACCGGGGUCCCGUCUCCGCGUUACCGCCCCGUUUUUUCCUCUUGUAGUAAGGCUAGCAGCAACAGCAGGGAGAAAGCCUGCCGGGUGGAGUUGGGCUUGAGGAAUACAACCGAAAGCUGCUUUCGCAAACAUGGGCAAUACAACCUCCUGCUGCGUGUCGUCGAGCCCCAAACACCGGAGAAGCAACCACUCCAGGCUGGAGCCCUACCGGCCCGAGCCGGAGCUGAGUCGCGAAGACACGGGUUGCAACCUCCAGCACAUCAGCGACAGAGAAAAUAUAGAUGAUCUUCCCAUGGAGUACAAUCCCUCAGAUCAUCCCCGCGCCAGCACCAUUUUCCUCAGCAAGUCACAAACCGAUGUUGCUGUGCCCAACAAAAGAGUUCGAGAAAAACGGAAGAGCCUUUACAUCAACCACUUAACACACAUUUCGGAGAACAAGCAUUUUCCGGGCCCAGUGAGACGGAAAUACAGCUCCUGUUCCACCAUAUUCCUCGAUGACAGCACUGUCAGUCAACCCAACCUGAAAUACACCAUCAAAUGCGUAGCCCUUGCAAUAUAUUAUCAUAUAAAGAACAGAGACAUCGACGGAAGAAUGUUGAAUGAGCUGGAGCGUCAGUUCCUGGAAUUGCUGCAGUUCAAUAUCAACGUGCCGUCCAGCGUCUACGCCAAGUAUUACUUUGACCUGCGCUCGCUUGCUGAGGCCAAUAACCUCAGCUUCCCCCUGGAGCCUCUCAGCAGGGACAAGGCGCAAAAACUAGAGGCCAUCUCACGGCUGUGUGAUGACAAGUACAAAGACUUGAGGAAACUAGCCAAGAAGCGCUCGGUGAGCGCAGACAACCUAACAGUGGUGCGGUGGUGUCCGGCCAUCAUUUCCUAACACUGGCUGUCUGCAGAGGAAUGCAUCAUAGACCUGUACUGUAUUUCUGCCUAGUAUGCAGGCAGACCAGGUGGGCAGCAGUCGUGUGGAUCAGUGUCAGUGGAAUCUCCUCACACAUACACACACCCCUUCAACAAUCUGGCACUAUUACAAAUGCGAUUGCAUCCAGACUGGUUGUUGUACAUAAAAGAAGUCCCGUUUCCUGCCUGCACCGAACCAAACGGAGCUAAGCUGAACCAAACUGAACGCUGAUGGAGUGAAGACCACCUAACUUCAGAAGAUAAGCAGCCAGGUGGAAAAACAGAAGUGGAGAGACUUGUGUAAAGUCCAGAAAUGAAAAUGGGAACACGCUUAAAAAGCAGAAUACAGGACGUAACAGCGGCAGCGGCGCUCCAUAAUUCCCUCCAAUGCUCAAGUGCUUGUACAGCUGCUGGAGGGGACGCCGUGUACAUUCCUUUGAUUUUAAUCUUCUGGUUCAGUCAGUACGUUAGCUGAAGCAUGAGAUGAUCGUUUGACAGCUUAUAGACACAUUUCAGACUUUACUUCAAUUUCUCAGUUUGUGUUUUGUUGGGUGUUUUUGUUCUUUUGCAUUCCCACACAGCAGCUCCCUCUGUUCGCAGAGACAAGCGCAAACAAAAGAAAGACAUUUCACCGUUAGCUUAGCAGUACAGUUGAUACGUCGACUAUAUAUCCUCAGCCCUUCUUGACAAACAGAUGGGGACCAUUUGACUGAAGUUUUCAUCAGGAUAACUGACAUUUAACGAGACAAGUCCGUUUUUAGCUCAAGGGCACUCAUUCAGCUCGUAGGCAUCCAGUUGCAGAAUAGUAUCUCUGACAGUACGGCCACCCAGCAACCAUUCAGAUAAAGCAAUAUUCAUGCAUCGCUUUGUUGUUGUGAUUAAAUAUAACAAAGCACGCACACAUGGGAGGAGAUUUACUGGAAGACAGAAACGAGACAUACUGUAGAGCUUCUGUUGUACUUUAUUCACUGCCAUUGCCCUGACCUGUGGUGCCUGUAAUAAGCUAGUUAAACACUUCUCCCCUCUCUGCUGGAGAAAAAAAAAAGAACAAAUAAGUCUGAAGUAUUUUUUUUCCUCUAACGUUUUGUACGGUUCUUCCAACUUACAAAGUAACAGCACAAGUGAAAACAUUGACAUUAAAAUGCCAACUAAAAGCAUGAACCUUCAGGGCCGUCACAGACUGAAACGAAUGAAAAAGCUUCGCGCGAUGAUUGAAACACUGCUUACAAAAUGAUAGAUUGUAUACAUUUUGCUAAAUUGUCUUUGUACAGUGUAAAUACAGCACCGUCGUGUGCAAAAAUCUGUAAACUGAGGUCAUAAUGUUAAAAAAAAUACAAAAAGAAUAAGGUUAGAAUAUUUAUAUGGGUCAGUUUAUACUGUAAAUGGGGGGAGGGGCAAAUAUGUCUAAAUAUGUGUUUCUAUGACAAAUCAAGUAAAGAAGAGAGUCAAGUGUUACGAUUUAAAU